AUGUGUGAAAAGGGGAUAUGGCGCGCUCGUCGUAAGAUUAAUGCGGUGGCACUUACUCCGAAGCACAUCGACAAAUUUGUCAGCGUAUACGCAAGGAACAGCCAGGUGAUGGCGGAUAAACUAGCAGUAUACGUGCGCCAGGGCGACGUCCCGCUCUGGGAUCAUUACUGCCCUUACAUCUUACUGACUGCCUGUGAAACAAUACUCGGCAAUAGUGUGAAUCUUCACCCACGGGAAUUUCAGCCGUUCUGUGAAGCAUUCAUAUCUUACUUCGACAACGUGAUAACUCGCCUGUGUCGGCCUUGGCUGUACAACAUUACGAUGUACAAGCUGCUUCCCGAAGCCACCAAGCAAUCGCUUAAGAAGAAAAUAGUGUGGAACUUCAUUAACAAUCUAAUCUUCCAAAAAAGAGAAUUAAUGAAAAAGAAACAGAGUGAUUCUUCUGAAGAAGAAGACUAUAGUCAACAAGGCGAAUUAAAAAGUUUAUUGGAACUAUUGAUUACUAAGUCUGGAUAUUCUGAGGCAGAAUUACGCGAGGAGUCACUCGUGUUGCUUCUGGCUUCAAUUGACACUACAGUCUCCGUUAACGGGUUUGCCUCAGUGCUGCUGUCUCAACACCUCGACGUGCAGGACAAAGUUUACGAAGAGAUUAAAAAUGUCUUCGAUGAUUUUCAUCAGACUAUUACUAUUGAUGAUUUAAAUAAACUGAAAUACUUGGAAGCCGUUUUGAAGGAAACGAUGCGUCUUUAUCCCACUACUCCAUUGAUUAUGAGGAAGUGUCUGAAAGAUGUAAAACUUCCUUCGGGUUUGGUUUUAAGUGAAGGUUGUCAAGUUCUUGUCAACAUAUGGGGAUUACAUCGCAAUCCUAAAUAUUGGGGACCAGAUGCUGAUAAAUUUAGGCCAGAGAGAUUUUUAGAUAUUACACCUGAACAACAGUCGGCUUUUAUACCUUUUAGUUCAGGUCCGCGGAACUGCGCUGUCGACGCGUGUCGCGCAGCGCGUCUGGCGCGGCAGAGAGUGCGCGAGGCACCGCGCGCCUCCACUCCGGCCCCGCGCGCCUCAGUCGCUGUCAAGCGAGCGCUGCGACUCGUCGGCCAGCGCCUCACCGCCUUCUCGUAG